GCCCUGACCGGGGGCCUGUGUCACUCUGUGAUGACGCAGUCGGUCCGCGCCGCCAGUUGCCGGCGGAGCGGAGGGUGUUGCGUCUAUGUACCGCUGUGUAUGGCUACUGUGCCGGCUGCCGCCCUGCCUGGGACCCUCGCCCCGCUAUGCUGGCGCCGCCUCUGCCGCCUUCCGGAGCCUGGGGGGCCUGCGGUACCCGAGCCGGGCCGCCGCCGCCGCCUCCUCCUCCUCCUCCUCCUCGUCCGAGGGGAACGGCGGCAGAGCCCUGGACACCUCCUUGUUCGUGCCCCUGCACGUGCAGCCCCUGGGGCCGGGCCCGGAGGGGGACAUCGGGGCCGAGCUCACCCAGCCGCUCAACAAGAGUGAAGUCCUGAAAAUCUUAAAUAAGUUUUACAAGCGGAAAGAAAUGCAGAGACUGGGAGGAGAAAAUGGACUGGAUGCUCGUCUUUUUCACCAAGCAUUUAUAAGCUUUAGAAAGUACAUUAUGGAGUCCAGUUUCCUGAGUGCUGAUGUACACAUUAUUCUAAAUGAUAUAUGUUGUGGUGCAGGUCACGUUGAUGAUCUCUUCCCGUUUUUUCUGAGACAUGCUAAGCAGAUCUUUCCUAUGCUGGACUGUAUGGAUGAUCUGCGCAAGAUCAGUGACUUAAGAUUGCCACCCAACUGGUAUCCAGAAGCCAGGGCUAUUCAAAGGAAGAUAGUCUUUCAUGCUGGCCCUACAAAUAGUGGAAAAACUCAUCAUGCUAUCCAAAGAUACUUGGCAGCAAAAUCAGGAAUAUACUGUGGUCCAUUAAAACUGCUGGCCCACGAGAUCUUCCAAAAGAGUAAUGAUGCUAGUGUGCCAUGUGACUUGGUAACAGGAGAAGAGCGUGUUCUUGUUGAUCCAGAAGGCAGACAAGCAACCCAUGUUGCUUGCACUAUUGAGAUGUGCAGUGUUACUGUGCCUUAUGAAGUGGCUGUCAUUGAUGAAAUUCAGAUGAUCAAAGAUCCGGCUAGAGGAUGGGCCUGGACCAGAGCACUUUUAGGACUCAGUGCAGAAGAAGUUCACAUUUGUGGAGAAGCUGCUGCUAUUGACUUGGUGACAGAGCUCAUGUAUUCUACAGGAGAGGAAGUGGAGGUCAGAAACUACAAGAGGCUUACCCCUAUUACCGUGCUGGAUUAUGCACUAGAAUCUUUAGAUAACCUCCGUCCUGGUGACUGCAUUGUCUGUUUCAGUAAGAACGAUAUUUAUUCUGUGAGUCGGCAGAUUGAAGCCCGAGGAUUAGAAUGUGCUGUCAUAUAUGGCAGUCUCCCACCUGGGACAAAGCUUACCCAGGCAAAGAAAUUCAAUGACCCUGAUGAUCCAUGUAAAAUUCUAGUUGCUACAGAUGCCAUUGGAAUGGGGCUUAAUUUGAGUAUAAAGAGAAUCAUUUUUAAUUCUCUAAUAAAGCCAAGUAUCAAUGAAAAGGGAGAGAAGGAAAUGGAUGCAAUUACAACAUCUCAGGCUCUACAAAUUUCAGGCAGAGCUGGAAGAUUUAGCUCUGUGUUCAAGGAAGGGGAAGUCACUACAAUGUAUCGUGAUGACCUCGUACUGCUGAAAGAAAUUUUGAAUAGGUCUGUGCCUCCUAUAGAGACAGCUGGCCUGCAUCCUACUGCUGAGCAGAUAGAAAUGUUUGCAUACCAUCUCCCUGAUGCUACUCUAUCAAAUCUAAUGGAUAUCUUUGUGAGCCUCUCACAAGUGGAUGGGCUCUAUUUUGUCUGCAAUGUUGAUGACUUUAAAUUUCUAGCAGAUAUGAUUCAGCACAUUCCGCUAAAUUUAAGAGUAAGGUAUGUGUUCUGCACAGCACCCAUCAACAAAAAACAGCCUUUUGUCUGCACCUCUUUGCUAAAGUUUGCGAGGCAGUUUAGUAGAAAUGAGCCUCUGACAUUUGACUGGAUAUGCCGGCACACUAACUGGCCACUGGUCCCACCCAAGAACAUCAAGGAUCUUGUACACCUUGAGGCUGUUCAUGAUGUGUUUGACCUCUAUCUGUGGUUAAGUUACCGAUUUAUGGACAUGUUCCCAGAUGCCAGCCUCGUACGGGACAUCCAAAAAGAACUAGACAACAUUAUACAAAUUGGCGUGCGCAGCAUUACAAGGCUUAUCAGAGCUUCAGAAGCUACUUCUGUUUCUGGUGCUAUCGCUGUGCCAGAUGACUUUCCUCUUCAGAGAACUGAAGUUAAUGACAGGAUGUUGAACUUGGAAGAUCUUCCAGCAGCAAACGAAGAUCAAUUCUCAAGUGCCACAAAGGUCCCAGGACAGAAGAGAAUAAGACGAUCUAAAGCUUUGGGCUCUAAACCCGCUGAAGUACAGUCGAAUAUGAAAAGUCACGGACAAGGAUCUCUUGCUGCCAGACUAGUGCGUGAAGGACUCCUUACGCAAGAAAUGCUGAAACAACUAGAAAGGGAGUGGCAGGUUCACCACAAUAACAAUGGAAAUUUCCCAACUGAAAAAAGAGAUAAUCAGAAUGGUUCAAAAGGGACAGGGAAAAAGAAGAAGUGAAAUAAUGAUCUAAUUCCAUUUAAUUUUUGUUCACAGAAUAAAUACUAUUUUAAUAACCUCUUCUGGCAUCUCUGGA